CCAAUGGUGGCCAGUGUUCCUUUAUCGCAGUCACUUCUUCUUCUUCACCUUCAUAUUCUUCUUUGUUUUUAACGAAACUAAGGCACGCGCCGAGUCUGCGACUUUGUUUGCAGUCUCGCCCUUGAGAGUGAAGAAGCACAUGGCUCACACUAUCGCUCGCGCCACUCUCGGCCUCACUCAGAUAUCUCCGGCCUUUGAAGCCCCUAAGCUCACUUUGGCGACGAAAGAGGUUGAUGUAACGGAAUGGAAAGGGGACCUGCUUGCGGUUGGUGUUACAGAGAAGGACUUGGCGAAAGAUCAGAACUCGAAAUUCGAAAAUCCGAUUUUGAAGAAGCUGGAUUCCUGUUUGGGUGGGGUGUUGGCUGAGGUCUCGACUGAGGAGGACUUCACAGGAAAGUCUGGCCAGUCUACGGUUGUUAGGCUUCCUGGUCUUGGCUCGAAGAGGGUUGGCUUGUUUGGGCUUGGACAAUCUGCUUCGUCUACAGAAGCUUUUAAGGGUCUUGGGGAGGCUGCAGCAGCAGCGGCAAAGACUGCUCAAGCAAGUGAUAUUGCUAUUGUGCUUGCUUCCUCGGAGGGGCUUUCUGCAAAAUCUUGCACAGCUUCUGCAAUAGCAUCUGGAGCUGUUUUGGGGAUAUAUGAAGACAACAGGUAUAAAUCUGAGUCAAAAAAACCAGCUCUCAAGUCUGUGGACAUUCUUGGUCUUGGAACUGGACCUGAACUAGAGAAGAAGCUCAAAUAUGCUCAAGAUGUUGCUGCUGGAAUAAUACUUGGGAAAGAGCUCGUGAAUUCACCUGCCAAUGUUCUCACACCUGGGAAACUAGCAGAAGAGGCCUCAAAUAUUGCUUCCUUAUACAGUGAUGUUCUUUCUGCAAAGAUAUUGAAUGAAGAGCAAUGCAAAGAUCUGAAAAUGGGUUCCUAUUUGGCUGUGGCUGCAGCCUCAGCAAAUCCUCCACAUUUUAUUCACUUGACCUACAAACCCCCUGGUGGACCUGCUAAGAUUAAAUUAGCAUUGGUGGGUAAAGGUCUGACUUUUGACAGUGGUGGCUACAACAUCAAGGCAGGACCUGGCAGUAUAAUUGAGCUUAUGAAGUUUGAUAUGGGAGGUUCAGCUGCUGUAUUAGGUGCAGCAAAAGCCAUUGGUCAAAUCAAACCUUCUGGUGUAGAGGUUCAUUUCAUUGUCGCAGCUUGUGAGAAUAUGAUUAGUGGAACAGGUAUGAGGCCUGGAGACAUUGUCACAGCUUCCAAUGGAAAGACCAUUGAGGUCAAUAACACAGAUGCUGAAGGCAGACUGACUUUGGCAGAUGCAUUGGUAUAUGCUUGUAAUCAAGGUGUUGACAAGAUUGUUGACCUUGCAAGCUUGACUGGUGCCUGCAGAGUCGCCCUUGGACCGUCUAUUGCAGGUGUCUUCACACCCAGCGAUGACCUCGCGAAGGAGGUAUUUGCAGCUUCGGAGAUAAGUGGGGAGAAAUUUUGGAGAAUGCCAAUGGAGGAGAGUUAUUGGGAAUCAAUGAAAUCAGGAGUAGCUGAUAUGGUCAACACUGGUGAUCGUCAAGGUGGUGCUAUCAGUGCAGCUCUCUUCUUGAAACAGUUUGUUGAUGAAAAGGUUCAGUGGAUGCAUAUUGACAUAGCUGGGCCUGUUUGGAGUGUUAAGAAACGCGCUGGGACAGGGUUUGCUAUUUCUACCCUGGUGGAGUGGGUUUUGAAGAACUCCUCUUAGGUGCUGAAGAAGUAUUGGUGGGAAGAACUCCAUUUACAUGAGCUUACAUAGCGUCGGAAGAAAAGAAAACAGAUGUCAUCGAUGAUGGGUUAUUAGGCGUUGCGACUUCAAUUUAUGAAUAAAAUGUGCAGUAAAAGAAAUGGGAAGGUUAUGAGUCGAGGCAGAGUCUUUAUUUAUGCUUUUCUGUGAUGGUUAAACUUGGAAAAUGUCUUCUUUUCGUUUUAGUUGUGUAAUUUCCUUUUCUUUUCGACAAACACCAAAAGAUAAAGAAAAAAAGAAAGAAGAAAGCCUUUGUCAGCAAUUUAUUUUGUACGCUAAGAACCUGCCAAACCUCCGAUAAUGAAUGAUCCUUCUAAUGAUCUAA